UGGCUUUGGAGAUGGCUCUACUGUCUCUGAAGCUAACAGCAAUUUUUUCAUUCUUUUUUGCAAUCUAUGUUUUAAUUUCUAUUUCUGAGAGCGCUGAGACUUGUGAAUGUGGAAAAAGGCCUCUAAUAAAGGACAGCCAGCGUAACUCUCGUAUAGUUGGAGGAGUAAAUUCCCAGCCAGGAGCAUGGCCCUGGCUAGUAAGCAUCCAGGCUUGGAGAGGUUCUGAUUAUGGCUAUGGACAUUUCUGUGGCGGCACAAUCCUGAACAACCAAUGGAUUUUGACAGCGGCCCACUGUCUCAUCGAUUACAAAACAACAUUUGACACAAUUAGAGUUGUAAUUGGAGCACGCAAGCUUUCUAAGCUAGGUUCGGAAACCCAGAUUCGAAAGGUUAAACAGCUAAUACUUCAUGAAAAGUAUUUGAGAGAAGGAAAACAUUCUUAUGACAUUGGUUUGAUUCUGCUGGAUGAGCCCAUCAAAUUUAAUGAUUACACCCAGCGGGCCUGUUUACCUUCUGCUUCACUAAAUGUGGCACAGAAGACCAACUGCUACGUAGCAGGAUGGGGUGUUCUCGAAGAAAAAGAGAUAGCAGCUGCAGAUAUCCUGCAAGAAGCCGGUGUGUUUUUCAUCAAUAAGGAACUUUGCAACAGCAAGGAGUGGUAUAAUGGCAAAGUAUACCCAUACAACCUGUGUGCUGGUCAUAAGGAAGGCAAGAUUGACAGCUGCCAGGGUGACAGUGGAGGUCCCCUUAUGUGCAAGAGAAAGACAUCUAAUGAUUAUAUUGUGGUUGGAGUGACAAGCUGGGGAAUAGGCUGUGCCCGAAAGCAACGGCCUGGGAUUUACAUCUCUACCCAGUAUUUUAACGAAUGGAUUGAAAGCAAGAUCACCAAGAAAGCAGAGGGCCAAACUAGGCCAAAGAGGUCUUUACUGAAAAAGAUCUUUUUUCCUCAACUACCUACUCAGCUACCGACAACACAGAGUCAUAAAGUGAAGCUACAACCGACGGAUACAUUUGAGCUAGAAGCAGCCAAUGAACAUCUUACAGAUACAAAUUCAGUUCAGCGUGUCCAGGUAAUACCAACAGCUGAUCCUGAGCACGUGGACUUGCGCCAAUCUAUAUGGCAUAGUUUGACGCAGAUUUAUAGACGCAUCACUGCCUAUUUACGCAACCUCCUUACUGGACGCAAUGGAGGACUGACUUAACUUGGAGUUGCAUUUAGAUUACAAUGAUCUCCUGUAAGGACUAUGAAGAUUUUAAUUCAUCCAGGCCAUGGUAUAUUGUGUAUUGGACUUCAUUUAAAUGCCUUUGGCACACAGUUGAAGGGCUCUCACUAAAAACUACUGUGGUUUAAAGUAAUGGGAAAUAUUCUGCUGGCUCUCAUAGGCAGCAAAGCAAGUGACCCCUACAUGAGAAAGCCAGAAUCUGCUGUAAACAGAGUAUUUUCCUUUCAUAUAAAUAAGAGACAACUGAAGGGAGGGAAGGGUGGUUUGUCCUCAGUAGUUCUCCCUGAGAGCAUCGUCGCAAUCAAACUACUUUGUGUGCCAUACGCCUAUGGACUUGCAAAAUAACCGCUGAGCAUUCUGGAAAGGGAAAAUUUUUAUUGCAUAUUCCAUUUCCGAGGAACGUAACUUCAUGUACCUGGACCCCAGGGCAAUCAUGGUCACAUGCAAGUUCACAUAUCAUGAGUUGCACUCCAGUGCACAUGUGACUCACUCUUUACUUCCCCCACCAAUCCUUACCUGGCCCUCAAUUUUUUCAGGUCUGUAUAAUUACACCACUGACUGCACUUUCCUUUUGAUUAGUUAAAUAAAGUUAUAAAAAAAAUUUCAAUGAAUUUCA